UGUCGAGAUUAGAAGCCGUGUUCCCUUCGAAGAGAACGGAUGAUCGUGGUCUAGCUCCUUCCUAUUUUGUUAAGUUCCUUUCUUUUUUAAGCUUUUGGAAUUAUUAAUGCUUAAAAAUUCAGAAGUAGUAUUUAUUAAUUUCGUGUCUUGACUGCUUUUGAAGUAAUUCAGAGGCAUUAGAAGAAGUAGAAACUUUGUCCUGCUCACUUGGAACGAUCUAGUACCUCGUUGUACUCCACGAAUAUCCACAAGUAAUGGCCAACAGAGCUAAAGAUAGAUAUACUGGAAGGUAUAAGACGGAACAAAUGGCUCCUCCAAGCAUUCCACGGGAGCUGGAUCAAAUUAUAGUGGAUGCUGAUAGAAAAAAGCGCUACUACCGAGGCAAAUUCCUUGGCAAGGGUGGUUUUGCGAAGUGCUAUGAGCUUACUGAUUUGGAUACGAAUAAAAUCUAUGCUGGAAAGAUUAUUUCGAAGUCCAUGUUGACUAAACCUCAUCAGAAAGAAAAGAUGGCGAUGGAGAUCGAAAUUCAUGGCAAAGUGAUGCAUAAGCAUAUCGUGGGGUUCCACGGUUACUUCGAAGACAGAGAUUACAUUUAUAUCUUACUGGAAUUGUGUCCUAGACGUUCUCUAAUGGAGCUACACAAGCGGAGACGAGCUCUAACAGAGCCUGAAGUGCGAUACUUCAUGAAGCAAAUCAUUGAUGCUUGUAUUUAUCUACACAAGUCCAGGAUUAUUCACCGUGAUCUAAAGCUAGGGAACCUCUUUCUUAAUGAUGACAUGGAGGUUAAAGUGGGAGACUUUGGAUUAGCUACUCGUGCAGAGGAAGGAGAGAGAAAAAAGACAUUAUGUGGCACACCAAACUACAUUGCACCUGAAGUUCUUAGUAAAAGAGGGCAUAGUUUUGAAGUGGAUGUGUGGUCUGUUGGAUGUAUACUGUAUACACUUCUUGUUGGUAAACCUCCCUUUGAAACUCAGAGCUUGAAGACCACAUAUGAUAGAAUAAAGAGGAAUGAAUACUACAUCCCAUCCAAGGUUUCCCACACAGCACAACUGCUUAUCAUUAAGCUUCUUCGGCCCGACCCCACCACGCGCCCAACCAUGCAGCAAGUACUUGAUGACGACUUCUUCAAACCCUCAUCUGGCUACAUGCCCACACGGCUGCCUGUCAGUUGCCUGACAAUGCCACCACGAUUUGCUACUGGUAGUUCAUCUAAUCUCUUGCAGCCAGGCGGGCGUCCUCCAUUAUCAGAGCUUAAUUCACAGGAAACAACAGCUAGAAUCACCUCAAAGCCCAGCGAUGUGUACUCCAAGAGGAAGUCCCUGGGUAUUCGUGUAACAGGUGCUGUUAGUAAGCUGAUCCAGCCAGAGGAGGCAGCCGAUGACGAAGUCAAGGAAGAAGCAGAGGAAGAUGAAACACCGAAGGAUUACUACUUAUCCGAUCUCAAGAAGCAGUUGACAAAUUUACUGGCCCUUAACCCUGCUGAUAUGAAAUAUAAGAAUGAAGAUGAUGCAGAGGAACCAGCGGCCACGCCUGUGUACUGGGUCAGCAAAUGGGUCGAUUACUCAGACAAGUAUGGUCUGGGUUACACCCUGUCUGACAACAGUGUAGGGGUCCUGUUCAACGACCACACCCGGCUCAUCUUAUGUGAAGAUGGAGAGAAUCUUCAGUACAUUUUGAAGAAUGGUCAAGAGAGCUUCCAUACCAUGAAAGGUUUUCCCGAUUCUCUUCACAAGAAGGUCACAUUGCUCAAGUAUUUCCGCAACUACAUGACGGAACACCUUCUCAAGGCGGGUGGAAGCCGCGGUACGAAGGACGAGGAGUCGGCCCAUUUACCCUUUCUCCGCUCGUGGUUCCGUACAAGUAAAGGCAUCAUUCUGCACCUCAGUAAUGGCAUCCUCCAGAUCAACUUUUUCAAGGACCACACCAAAAUCAUAAUGUGUCCUCGCAUGGGAGCCGUCACAUACAUUGACGAAAACAAGCGCUUCCGAACCUUCCCCUUCACGCAGAUCGAGAAACACGGAUGCAGCCAAGAGCUCUCGAAUCGCCUUCUUUACGCCAAGGAACGAGCAGAUGAGAUGUUGCAGAAAAUGAGAGAGGAGAGUUCGGGCAAGGAGUGCAGCGGUCUUCCACAACAAGUUACUGCCCCAGAAAAAACAAGAGGCACCGCCAAAGCGCGCUAGACAAUGAAUACUGUGUAGUUCAUUGAUCUGUUAAUCCUCAAUUUUUGAUGUCAAAAUUAGAGAAUUAAUUUUGCUAUAUCGCAGAUAUGUCCAGUUUUUUAAGGGGCAACUACCAAGAGAUAUAAUUCAUCCGCAUAAGAUCUAGUGAUUUAUUUUUCCUGACGGCGACUGGAAAUAACACCUCAUGAAUUGGUUUCCAGUCGCCUUUGGGAAAUCGGAUAUAAAAUUAUUUAGUCUGUUUGAACUCAACUCGAUAUAGAAAUGUUAAUCAUCGUGUAAAUAGUAGUUAUUGUACAAAAUCACAGUACAUAAUAGUGUAUUUAUAAGGAUUGCACGCUGUUUUUCUCGUUAUUUCCAGACCGCGAGAUUUAGUGUCAGUUCUUUGGCAGAUAUUUAACCCUGCAAACCUCUAAAUACAUUAAUGCAUGGUUCUUGCCUAUUACAAUUGUACAUACCGGUAAAUAGGGAGAGUUCAAUAAAUUCAUUAUUUGAG